AUGCGCGCUACAUUCUUUGCUACAACCUGGUUGCUGCUUACCGGCCUCAGUGCGCAGUUGCCUCAGAGGCCUUCGGACACUGUUGUUUGUCAAGCCCCAGAGACAACCUCAAUUGCCGCUCCAGGUGAUGCAUCGUACUGGCUGGCAGAUAUCGAACAUCAAGGAGUUGCGGCGUUCAAUCCAAACCCGUCAGGAUAUAAGGUGUUUCGUAAUGUCAAAGACUACGGAGCCAAAGGUGAUGGCCAAACGGACGAUACCGAAGCAAUCAACCGGGCUAUCAGCGAUGGCAACCGUGUCUCUCCAGAAAGCCGUCGAACGUCAACCACCACUCCUGCAAUUGUCUAUUUCCCGGAAGGCACCUAUGUCGUGUCAAGGUCCAUUGUCGAUUACUAUUUUACCCAACUUGUUGGCAAUCCGAACGCACGUCCUGUUAUCAAGGCCACUGCCGCGUUUGAAGGACUGGGUGUGAUCGAUGGCGAUGUAUACCAGAACGACGGGAACCAAGGCUGGACAUCUACCAAUGUGUUUUUCCGACAGAUUCGCAACUUUGUGAUAGAUUUGACUGAUAUCUCUCCGAAUAAGGGAGCGACGGGAAUCCAUUGGCCAACUGGACAGGCAAGUAGUCUUUUCAACAUCAAGAUUGUGAUGAGUUCCGCUCCAGGGUCGCAGCACCAAGGUCUUUUUAUUGAGAAUGGCUCCGGAACUGUACUUGACGAUGUCGAAAUCAUCGGAGGUCUCUACGGAGCAAACAUCGGAAGUCAGCAGUACACAACCCGCAACCUGCGAAUCUCCGACUCCGCGACUUGCAUCUCCCAGAUCUGGAACUGGGGUUGGACAUACCAGGGUGUCGAGCUGAACAACUGUGGCACGGCAAUUUCCAUGGUUAACGGCGGUCCUGGCUCCCAGACUGUUGGCUCUGUUACCGUCAUCGACAGCGACAUCAAGAACUCCCAUGUGUUUGUGGAUACUGUAUGGCAAGAGUCUCCUUGGAGCAACGGCAGCUUGAUCCUGGAGAACGUCGCUCUUGAGAAUACCCCAGUCGCAGUCCAAGCCUCGAACAAAACCGUUCUAGAGGGUGGAUCUAAGACAAUCACUGCCUGGGGUCAGGGCCAUAGCUAUACUCCGGCUGGACCAAAGAACUUCCAAAGUGCCAUGACACCUGGUGACCGGCCUCGCGGUCUGCUCGCCAAAGACUCGAAUCGGUACUACACCAAGUCCAAGCCGCAGUACGAGAAAUUGCCAGUGUCAUCCUUCGUGAGCGUGCGAGACGGUGGCGCCAAGGGAGACGGCUCGACGGAUGACACAAAAGCACUGCAAUCAGUUAUCGACAACGCACGACGAGAGAAAAAAAUCGUCUUCUUCGACCAAGGCGUCUACAAGGUUACCAACACCCUCCAGUUCCCGCCAGGUAUCCGCAUCGUCGGCGAGGCCCUGCCCGUGAUCAUGGCAAGCGGCGGGCCCUGGACUGACAUCAACAAGCCCGUACCUGUCAUCCAGAUCGGACAACCGGGGGACACGGGCUUCUUCGAAUGGUCCGACAUGAUCGUCAGCACGCAGGGGUCCACUCCCGGUGCCACUCUUAUCGAAUGGAACCUAGAUGCAGAGCAAGGCUCGGGCAUGUGGGAAGUGCACACGCGGAUUGGCGGAUUUGCCGGAUCUCAGCUGCAGGUCCCGGACUGUCCAACUGUGUCGCAAGUAUCGACCAAGUGCCAGGCGGCGUAUAUGUCGAUGCACAUCACGAAGUCAGCAAGGAAUGUCUACCUGGAGAACAACUGGUUCUGGACGGCGGAUCAUGACCUCGAUGAUCCGCAUGACACCCGAGUCUCCGUGUAUACAGGACGUGGCUUAUUAGUCGAGGGCAAGAAUGUGUGGUUAUACGGAACCUCCUCCGAACACCACUCUCUCUACCAAUACCAACUAACAAACACCGACUCCGUCUUCAUCGGCUUCGUCCAAACCGAAUCCCCCUACUACCAACCCAACCCCGACGCCCCCCACAGCCCCUACAAGCCCAACCCCACCCUCAACGACCCCGACUUCACGCACUGCCUGUCCGGAAACUGCAACUCGUUGGGCUUGCGCCUGCUCAACACGCGCGACACAGUUAUCUACGGUGCCGGACUGUACAGUUUCUUCAAUAACUAUGAUACCACAUGCUCUGCGAAUGAUAACAACCAGGUUUGUCAGAGCGAGGUGUUUAGCAUUGAGGGGGAGACGAGCGGGUUGGUGGUUUAUGCGCUGAGUACGAUUGGGACGGAGUGGAUGGUUGUGAGGGAUGGGGAGGGGGUUGUCAGGGCGGGGGAUAAUCGGGCGACGUUUGCGGAUACGGUUGCUUGGUUCAAGCUGUGA